GUCGGUUGGAAAAAUGGAGGCAGAUGUCCAUACGUUCGUUCCAAAGCCCGAUCAAAAUGUGAGAGGCACAUUUCAUCAAAUGGAACACCAUGGGGCAGAAGGGAUCGAAAUCCAAAGCUUCGAAACUCGCGACUCCCCGUUCUACGGGCUCUUCACCACUGAACAACGCCACCUACUGGGAAGCAGAAGAAGAUCCGGAUUGGGAUAACUGCGUCAUGGUAGUGGCAACACAAAAGGCUAGGCAGUAUCCAACUUUGACAUCAGCAUGCAGCAAUGAUUCCUUGGCCAGGUCAUUGCAUAAAGAAGUUGAGUACUCACCCUUAAAUGUGAGUAGGCGGUCACCGGAUCAGCAAAGAAUUGAUCCGGGAUUGGCCCUGGCUCCGGAUAGCCGAUAUCCAUCGUCCAGUCAAAGAAAGAGGCAAAAUACUUUGUUGGAUACCGGAUGGCCUGCUUGUUUUAAAAACAAUAAUUAUGUGUUUGUACGGAACGGUAAUGGAUUUAAAGUAGACAGGCAGAUUGACGAAAAAUGGAAAGAUAAUACGGAUGUAACUUACGUCAUAUCUACCACAAAACAAGAGAAGGACGGAGAAGAAAAGUUAAUCGUUUCCCUACAAGAUCUUACAUUUUAUUCGAUUACACUAUAA